CUUUAAUAGUCAUGGACCACAUCCAUUUCUCAUUUAUUAGAUCCAUCUUCCUCCUCAACUGUAGCUUUUAUUAUUCUUAAUUCAAUUUUCAUCAAGAUCAUAUCAAAAAGUUAGUCUAGUGCUUGUGUUAACGCAUGAUCCGGGGAAGGAUUGCAUCCCCGGGGGGUGUGAUGUAGGCAGCAUACCCUGAUACAAGCAUUAGUGGCUAAUUCCACUGCUCGAACGUGUGACCUAUAGAUCAUACAGAGAUAACUUUUAUCGUUGCUCCGAGGCUCCCUUCAAAUCAGAAGCUCAAUAUCAUCCAAUGUUCAGCGGUAUAAAAAAAUACUAGAGAUUUCUUAAAAAAUAAAUGUAAUAAAAUGGUUUACUACUUAGUAGUUAUAGCUACCGGCCAACAGCAUUAAAUCUCAUUUUACUCUAAGUACACUAACACACUAACUAACACACAAAAUGCCAUUUUUGAAUGACCUCAAAACAUUAAAUAAACUGACCUCACAUUGGUUGGUGUUCAAAAAUCUUAUUUUCUUGUAAUAUAAAAGUGUGCCCCGCCCAAGUCAAUAAUCAUCCCCUGCAGCCAAAUUCCUAGAAAUCAAAACACCACUCCUUUCCUGCAUGGUUUCCUUUAAUUAUUUUACGCAUUUAAUUCAACCUUUUAAAACCAUUUAAAUAUAUACACUAGAUUUGAAUAUAUCCAAAAUCCAAUACUAAGAUCUUAGCUUCAAAUCCUUAUUUUCUUUCUCUUCUACGCCAUCCUCUAUAGAUCUCCAGAUCUUGAAGUGAAGUGCAGAAAAGAAAAGAAAAUGGUGAGUGGUGGCAGCCAUCAUCCAGCAGAUUUUCUUCUAAUCAAACAAGAUGACAAAUUCUUUUCAAGACUUUUGUCUAAGGAAAAUACAGCAAGAGGUGAGUCUUCUUUCAAGUAUUAUUACUGUGGUGGAUCUUCUGGUUCAAUUCCAUUUGUUUGGGAAUCUCAACCUGGUACUCCUAAACAUAAAUUUUCAGACACUUCUCUUCCUCCACUUACUCCUCCACCUUCUUAUCAAACCAAUGCGCACUUGAAAUCUUUGCAAAAACAAUCAAAAUCUAAUUUUUUCCUCUCCAUUUUCCCUAAGAUUUCCUCUAAAAGAAUCUCUUUUUCACCUUCACUUACUUCUCCUUCGGUUUCAUCGUCUUGUUCGUCGUCGUUUUCGAUGUCUUCCAUUCCAAUCACUGGUUAUAAUCCCAACACAAGGAACUACCGUUCAAGAUCAGAAAUUGAGGAGUAUGAUCAUGAGAAGCUGCAGAUCCCUUCUUCACCAACUUCAACACUCUGUUUUGGCUGUGGAAUGGGGAAUUCGAAGCGUUUUCGAGUCAAUUACCCGGCGAAGAAGAAUGUCAAGAAGGUAUUUUCGUCCUUUGUUGGCAAUGGUGGAGCUUCUUGAAGAUUAUAUAUUAUAUUUGAAACAUGGUGUUCAUCUUGUACAUCAGUUUUAGAUACUUAGUUUAUUUUAAACUUUGAAGUGUGCUGCCAUUUCCCUGUUUUAAAUUAUUUGCUACAAUAAUCGUGGGAACAAAAUUAUGUGGACAUGUUUUUUUUUCCUUUUGGUUUGGUGUCAAGAUAAAACUUUAAUUUGAUGUUAUUUUGUCUUUGGAACUGGUAUUAGUCCAUUUAGUUAAAGUGUGAAUUGUCUUA